GAUAAAAAUGAGUUCUUUUCUUCUGUAGCGUUAGUACCAGGUACCAAGAACAGAACAGAGGACUUGGGUUUUGCUCUUUCUCUGUCUCUCUUCGCUACACAAAGAAGAAGAAAAAAAAAAAACCCUAUCAUAUCUCUCUCUAUGCUAAUUUCUUUAUCCUCUGUAUACAUAAUCAAAUUCCCGCAUUUAAGCUGAGUUGUGGUUUCAAAGAUUUCUUGCACUUAACACUCGUCAAAAUCCUGGAAAGAUACAGAGAUAUAUCUUGUUUCCAUGGUAUACUGAUUCUUUCCUGAAAAGAAAAAACAAAAAGAAGAAGAAACAGAGUUCUCAAUCAAUCAGAGAUCUGGGUUGAAGAAAAAGGCAUCUGAGAAACAAGAUCUGCCCGAACGAGGAAUUUCCCAGAAACAGUUUUAGUGGAACACAAUGUUGUCUCAGAAGCAAGCAGAAGAAGCAAUUGUCCCAAACUUCAGUGAAGCAGAGCAAGAAGGAGGCACCAAAGAAGGAGCCGAGAGAGGAGGAGAAGAAGAAGAAGAUCACUCGCUUUUCAGUGUCAAGAACUUUCUUUGGCAUGGCGGCUCUACCUGGGAUGCUUGGUUCAGUUGCGCUUCCAAUCAGGUGGCGCAGGUUCUUUUGACACUCCCAUACUCGUUUUCCCAGCUGGGCAUGUUGUCGGGCAUAGUGUUCCAAAUCUUCUACGGCAUCGUGGGAAGCUGGACGGCGUACCUUAUAAGCGUCCUCUACAUAGAAUACAGAAGCCGAAAGGAGAAAGAAGGCGUCAGCUUCAAGAACCAUGUUAUUCAGUGGUUCGAGGUUCUUGACGGUUUACUCGGCCCUUACUGGAAAGCCGCCGGGCUGGCCUUCAACUGCACUUUUCUUCUCUUUGGAUCUGUCAUUCAACUCAUAGCCUGCGCAAGUAACAUAUACUACAUAAAUGAUCGGUUGGAUAAGAGGACAUGGACAUACAUAUUUGGAGCUUGUUGUGCAACCACUGUUUUCAUUCCUUCGUUCCACAACUACCGGAUUUGGUCCUUCUUAGGCCUUGGGAUGACAACCUACACCGCUUGGUACCUUGCUAUUGCGGCUAUCGCUCAUGGACAGGUGGAAGGUGUGCAGCACUCUGGCCCACAAAAACUUGUGCUGUAUUUUACCGGCGCCACCAAUAUUCUAUACACCUUCGGUGGUCAUGCCGUCACUGUGGAAAUCAUGCAUGCAAUGUGGAAGCCCCAGAAGUUCAAAUACAUUUACUUAUUCGCCACCCUCUACGUCUACACCCUCACCAUUCCCUCAGCCACCGCCGUCUACUGGGCGUUCGGCGACCAGCUCCUAGACCACUCUAACGCCUUCUCCCUCCUCCCGAAAUCCGGCUGGCGCGACGCCGCCGUCAUCCUAAUGCUUAUUCACCAGUUUAUCACGUUUGGUUUUGCGUGCACGCCAUUGUACUUCGUGUGGGAGAAGGUGAUAGGGAUGCACGACACGACGAGUAUUUGCCUAAGGGCACUCGCGAGACUGCCGGUGGUGAUACCUAUAUGGUUCUUGGCCAUUAUUUUCCCAUUCUUUGGCCCUAUUAAUUCAGCCGUCGGGGCACUUCUCGUUAGCUUCACCGUCUACAUCAUCCCAGCUCUCGCUCAUAUGCUCACUUAUCGUAAAGCCUCUGCUCGACAGAAUGCGGCGGAGAAGCCUCCGUUCUUUCUGCCGAGCUGGACCGCAAUGUACGCUAUUAACAUCUUCAUAGUGGGCUGGGUUUUGGUGGUCGGGUUCGGGUUUGGGGGAUGGGCCAGCGUCACCAAUUUCAUCAAACAAGUGGACACGUUCGGGCUUUUCGCCAAGUGCUACCAAUGCAAGCCGCCCAAACCGGUGGCGCUCCCGCCGCAUAACGCCACCGCCCACCACUGAGAUCACUCACAAAAACUAUAUUUUGUAUUAUAUAUUAAUUACUUCCCCCUACACGUGAUGUUUGCUUAAUUUUCUCCCACUUUUUUUUUUGAAUAUUUUGUUUUUUUUUUGUAUUAUUAUUAUUAUUAUUAUUAUUAUUAAUAUUAGAUAAGAUAGUGUGUUGUUCUGCGAUGA